UCAGAGGAUCUAUGGCAGAUUUCCUGGUGUGAGUGUCAUGAUUCAAGCAGGCCUGAGCUGUAGCAGAGUGUGGGCUGACCACGGCCGGUUGCCUCCUCAGUGGGAUGUGACGUGGGACAUGUCUGACAGGAUUCCCAAGCAAGAGCCGAGGCCCGGUGACCAUGACGACCAGUGUGACCCCGAUGAUCCUGAGCUGACUGCUAUCAGGAUGCGAGUGCGGGAGAUGGAAGAAGAGACGGAGCGCUUGAAGGGUCUGACCACAGAUGACACCUCUGCAAACAGUCCCACGGCUGAAAGAAGAGACCAAUCUCUUCCUUGCACCCGCCGCCGAGCUGGAGGAGCAAUUUUGCGGCAAGUUCCUAGGGCGCACCAUGUUGGGCACAACUGGCAGAUCCCGUUUGACCCAUCAUUCUUGGAGAGAAAUUUGCCCUUCUGUAGGCAGCCUAAAGGUCCUCCUCGUCCUAUGACCGUAGAAGAGAAGCGGGAGGCUGAUAAACGCUCCGUAUAUGUUGGCAAUGUGGAUUAUGGGGGUACAGCCCAGGAUCUAGAAUCUCACUUCAGUAGUUGUGGAUCCAUCAACCGAAUAACCAUUCUGUGUGACCGAUACUCUGGCCACCCUAAAGGCUAUGCAUAUAUCGAAUUUGCAGAACAGCAGUCAGCCGAAGCUGCCGUAGAACUGGACGAAAGUGUAUUCCGUGGACGAACUAUUAAGGUACUACCCAAGAGGACAAACGUGCCCGGAAUCAGCACUACUGACAGAGGCAGCUUUCGAGGAAGGCCCAGGGCACCCAGAGGAAAUGCUCCCAGAGGACAGAGGUCCAGAGGGCGGGCAUACAGAGGACAUGGAAGGUCAGGCCGUUGGAAUAACCCAUACUGAACAUUGCGGAGAUGAGGUCUAGCAAUGAUGGCUGUCCAGCACCAGG